GGGCCUCCAGGAGCCCGAACCUGCAUUCGUUUACACGCUGGAGGGCCGUGAUCGUGCCAUGAGCGCACGACAAGCGGGCGAUUUGGUGCACGGGAGAGAGGAGGCGUCAGGGCGUCGGCAACGGAGACGAAAGGCAGCAACACCCGAGCCCGAUGAAGCAGGGUCAACGCGCAAGGGGAAGAGUAAGGAAGGAGGCAAUGAAGUCGCGCCGCCGAAAAGGAAGAGGGGGCGGCCAUCUCUUUCACCUGCAAAGAAGGCUGCGAAUGCUGCAGUGAAGGUUGCGAAGAAGGCCGCAGAAGACGAAGAGGCUGCAGCCAAGGCAGCAAAAGGAUCCGGUGCAGCAGAUGCAAGGCCGAAGAGGAAGCGUUCGCGCCGGGUCAUGGAGGACGACGAUGACAAUCUGCAAUCGUCUUCAUCGUCAUCUUCCUCCGAAGAAAGAGCCCAAUCGUCAUCAUCCUCGUCAUCAUCGGAGGAGGCUUUCGAGGACGAGCAGUCGCAGGAGGAGUCUGCCGGGGAGCACGAGUCAGGGGAGGAGGCAUAAUACCCGCUUAUCACUGAAUACAAGUUUCCGACGCGUUACCCAAGAGGGAGGCCAAGUUAUGCUAUUCUACCAAAGAUGGCUAUAUCAUACUCUAUGGCAGCCCAAAAGGGAAUGAGCGAGAGGGAGAAGCUGGACUUCGCCCGAGGGCAGGGGGGAGUAAUAAUGUCCUUAACAAGACAGACGGCAUCACAGUUAGGAACAGCACCAGCAUCAGGCGAAGCCAAGUCGUGUUCUCUGGGGCAAAAGGCGAUGGAUUUUCUCCUGGAGAAAACGCAAGUCAAGGCGGAGAUUAAGAUCACGAAAGAAGUAAUUAAGGGAGAGGGUGGGAAGGAAGAGGAAGUGGACGUAUGGGAAUAUCCCGAAGAUAACAUCCAAUCUCUGAAUGAACUGUACGAGAAGCAUGCAGUUCUGUUCAAUUUCUCAGGAAGAAGCAGGGAGCUUUCUUUAAAUGAGAAGAGGUGGGUGAGGGACAGACUGUUAGCCAUGGAGGACAUACCAGGGAAGGAACCAGAGGUGUCUUUCCAUAGGAGGGGAAGGGGUAGAGGUCACCUGGGAACCUCUUGUCCACAAGGAGAAUCAGGAGCAACAGGAGGAAAAAGGGCGGCAUUGAAACAAUCUAUGCUACAGGAGUGCGGAAGCAAGCCAGGAGUCUGGUAUAUCAAUUCCUCCUUAUACAGGGGAUGUAUAUUCGAUGACAACUUGGAAAACCCAAGGUGGGUUUGGGUGUUGAAGAAGGAUCCAACGGUCAAACCGGAUAUCUAUCCACCAUACAAUAGCAGGUGGAGACACACUGGAGCCAUGAGGAUGGAAGACAAGGAAACUGCUUUUAUUGUCAAACCCAUGUUGGAUGACGCGGUCUUGCAGGAUGAUGAGCAGAGAUUGAAGCUCAUGGAGGAACUACAUGAGGUCGGGAAAAACGCUGAAUUGGCCUUUUUGGAAAAUGCAGAAGCCAGAGCACAACAACAGGAGCAGAUAAGAGGCAAGGAGGACAGGUCAAAAGAAACGGAGGAGGGCGAGGGAGACAACAUGGACUAUGAGGAAGGAAGGAAGGGGGGAACAGUAGGAGGAAGUUUCUCCACAAAGAGGAAGGGAGAGUCAAGAGGGGAAGAUGGGGCUAAUACUCAGGAAGGAGAGUCGCAUCAGGGAAAAAGGAGACAAAAGACCCAAUCAGGAGAGGGGGUCACCGCAGGAGAGGAAGAGGGAGAGGGCAGAACAAGCAUGGAUUCAUCAAAGACCUCGGGCAAAGAAAGAGAGAUAGAGUCAGGUCCACACGACUCGACCUCAAAGGGUACCAGGGUAGGAGAGGAAGGGACAGGCAGUGCAGACAAGAGUGAGGAGGACUCGACAGACAAGGAUUACCCAGAAGGAUCAUCGCAGCACGAAGAGGACAGAGGCAGAGCUCAAGGUGCUCAGGUACAUGUCACAGUGGAGGAAGAAGAAAGGGUAAGAGAAAGAGCGAGAAGGAGAGGCAUGCAAAAUGCAGACAACAUGACAGUUGAACAGAUACUGCAGGCAAAGGAGGACCAAGGAGUGAGUUCACCAGACACAGAAAGCGAAGCUUCAUCAGAGGAGGACGAGGAAGAGGGGGAGGAAGAACAGGAAGAUGCAGAUGUGGAGGAUUGGACAAGGGAACGGUGGGCAAAAGAGGUGGAGCAGCUGGAAUGGGGGAGGACAAUCGAGUGUGAAAUCAGGCUGGCCCUCUACAAACACCUGAGGAACCUUCAACAAGCCACACAAGGAGGGGAAGACUUUACGUCAGAGAAAAGGUUUGAACUGCUAAGGAGGGAAGGAGAAGUCAAUGAGUUCUAUGCAUCUCAGUACGCAAGAAAGUCCCACACAGUAAGAAACGAGAUACACAUACAACAGGAGGAAUAUGAGAGGAUAUUUCAUUGGCCGAAGUCCUACCAUAGCAAGGAAAGGAAGAGGGAUGGCAAGAAACGAAAAGCUCAGGCGGUAGAGGAGCAAAGCAGUACAGUUGAGGGAAGAAACGACCCAAUGGAUGGUGAUGCAAUGGAAGAAGAACAAGGGACUGGAGAGAGAGAAGAGGAAGAGGUCCAGGAUUUGAGAAGGCAAGCCGCGAUUUUGGUGGUGCAGGUGAACUUGCUCAAGGAUGAGAACAGAAAAUUGGAGGAUGACACAGUGAAUGUGCAAAAAAUAGCGAUAGGUGGUGGAGACCAUUCCCUAUGGGCUCCUAGGGGGGAUUUAGGUGCGGAAUGGGUUGCAAGGUGCACAGCGGUAGCGACAAUAGUGGAGGCGUUUGUUUGGAAGCCGGACUUCAUCGAGAAGAGGGCAGCAGCAGUGGCAUUUGGGGAGAAGCUUCCAAUUCCUGAGAUCAUUGCGAUUGGUGGUCAAUCCGAUGGCAAGAGCUCUUUAUUGGAGGCUUUGCUUGGGUUCCGUUUCAACGUCAGAGAGGUAGAGAUGGGGACAAGGAGGCCACUUACCCUCCAGAUGGUGCAUGAUCCGACGGCAGAAGAGCCCCGCUGCCGCCUGCAGAACCGCAAGGGCGAGCCUGAAGGCACACCUGAUGAAAUAAUGGCUAUGGUGAAGAAUCUGGCAUCCAUGCCGCACAGGCUUAUCCUGUUCCUCCAGCAAAGCAGUGUGGAGUGGUGCAGUUCCUUAUGGCUCGAUGUCAUCCGAGAAGUGGACCCGACAUUUCGCCGGACAAUUCUGGUGGCCAGUAAAUUCGAUAAUCGACUCAAGGAGUUUGCGGAGCGGUGGGAGGUUGAUCGAUAUCUGAGCGCGAGUGGGUACCUAGGGGAGAAUGCUAGAUUGUUCUUUGUGGCUCUUCCGAAGGAGCGGACAUUGGUCAGAAACGAGGAGUUCCGACGUCAGUUAUCAGUUGUGGAUUCUGACAUAUUACGACAGCUGCGUGAAGGGAUAGAGGGAGGUUUCGAUGAAGACAAGUACGGCACCCGUGUUGGUUUCAGCAACCUAAAAAGGUUCUUGGAGCAGGAGCUACAAAAAAGGUAUCGGGAUUCUGCCCCGAACACCCUGGCACUUCUAGAGCAGCGGUGUUCUGAGAUGGCUGUCGAGUUGCAGAAGAAGAUGAAACAGCUUGAGACAGCAGCUGAUGUCGCAUUCCUCCGAGGCACAGCUAUGGAACAUGCUGACAUAUUCAGCCGCCAUGUUGUGGAGUUGUUGGAUGGUGCGACAGAGCCAGACCCAUCAGAAUGGGGGAAAACAACAGAAGAGGAGAAGUCGGAUUGUGGCAUUGGGAAUUGGCCAGGUGUCAGUAGAGAUGUCGAACCGAUGAAUGCCACUCUGCGAUUGUAUGGAGGAGCAGCUUUUGAGCGUUUGCUGGACGAAUUUCAGUGUGCAGCCUGUGCUGUGGAGUGCCCCCCUGUUUCCAAAGAGAAGGUUGUCAAUAUAUUGUUAGCUUCAGGAGGUCGAGGGAUGUUGGCGGCAGGAGCAGCGGCACUGGAUAUUGCCAGAUCAGCAGUCCGAACCUGGUUGGGACCCCUGCUAGAUACAGCCUGUGAUCGUCUUGCUCAUGUACUGAGGUCAUUGUUCGACUUAGCUCUCCAGCGGCUGGCUAUCGACGAGGAUGGAGGAACAGUUUCGAAAACACUUGCCCCUUAUGUCGUCUACCAAUCAGAGCUGCGACGAGUGUACAAUCAAUUUAUCAAUGAGGUAGCGAGGACCUGCAAGGAGCUAGCAAGGAAUCACCUCACUACUGUGACCAGCCUGUACUCACAAAUCGGGGUGCCACAUGUGCCUGCACGGAGCAGGGAUGAGCUCAGUGGUAUUGACAGCAGGUCGACGCGCAGCAGGGCUGGGUACUGUGCUGCUGUAGGGCUGAGUGGAAAAGAUGGAUGCCGAAGUAUCGACUCUUCUGUGGACGAUGACGAAACAGGAGUGGAAAAUGUGGCAGCGGAUGCCUUGGGAGCAGGUCCAACGAUGUCGGCCAUGGCAAAUGGAAUAGGCCACCGAGGCGGUGGGGGAGGAGAGCGAGGCUCCAGGAGUCCCGGGAGGAUGCAGUUCCGCGAAAGCCAGGAGACUGUCCCGGAGACACCCUCGCCUGAUCAGGCGGCUGAGAUGGGAAAAGAGAAACGGCGUGAGUACGCAGCCGCAAGCGGCCGUGGUGAGAUGAGACUUCGCUCGCCGGCUCGGAAACGACCCAGCACGGAAAGCACUGGAGAGGCAUCUGGGAGGUCAUCCCGCUUAGGGGGUGCGGCUGGAAACAGUCGGCUCCAGAAAAGAGAGAAGAAGAAGCGACAUGACCCUGAUGACUGCGUGAUCCUUGGAGGCACAGGAGGUCGCCUUUCGGACAACCCUGGUGUAAGACAAGCUUAUGCAGAAGUGUGCGAUAGCGUAUCGGAUCAGUUCAAGCUCAUUCGAGAAGUGCUCGUCGAUCGGCUGGUUCUGUCCACUCUCAAUACAGGAUUCUUGACACCUUGCCGAACGCGGCUUCGCACUGCCAUUUUCCUGGAACUCUUUGCCUGCUGUGAUGAGAGCUUCAUGGAGAUGUUUGUUGUACCUGGAGCAAUGGAGAAAAUGGAAGAGGAGGCUGCCAACCUCGCCAAGCGCCUUGAGACGCUGAAGACAUGCAAGGAUGAGUAUCGGGAUUCUGCCCCGAACACCCUGGCACUUCUAGAGCAGCGGUGUUCUGAGAUGGCUGUCGAGUUGCAGAAGAAGAUGAAACAGCUUGAGACAGCAGCUGAUGUCGCAUUCCUCCGAGGCACAGCUAUGGAACAUGCUGACAUAUUCAGCCGCCAUGUUGCCUGGUGUCAUGCGGGCAGUCGCAUUGCCCGCCAUUUAUCGUCCAUUUUUACAGAUACAAAGUACAUUCAAGAGGUGAGAGGUGGUCAGGCGGAUCGAUUUGAAAUUUAGGUUACCUGUCUCUUGGCCAGGUCUUGACAGCCGGUGAAAUUGUCAGGGAACGCGCAGGAACCAUUCUGCACAGUGUACGCGCGUGCCAGAUUGGCAUAGCUGGUGAGGGCCCUCUUCUUGUCAUUCAAGUCCUGCAGAAAAAAAAAAAAAAAAAAAAAUCAAACAAUCAGAAAAAG